AUGCUGACAAGAACAAGAAAUUGCUAUUUCUUUUUUCUUCUUUACGACAUUCUUUUGUGUCUUUUCUAUUAUUCUUUCGCAGACCUCAUCUUCCAAAAUUUCCUUCAAAUGAAUUCCUUCAUCAUUUACUUUCUUAUUUGUCUCUCUUUUCUCUUCCACCAUUUUUUUUUCAUUUUAAGAUUUCUAAUUCAUUUUACUACGUUUCCAUUCUCUUUCCUUUUCUUUCUAAUUUCCAUUUUCUCCCAUAUUUGUUUCGUCUCGUUUCUGACAUGUUGCUUUGUUUUCUUUGUGCUUCUUCUCUUCUUUUCUCUCUCUCUUAGAGGUUUCUUUUUCGUUCUCUUUCUGGUUUUUAUAUUAUCAUCAUUAUCUUAUUGCCUUUUAUUCUGCCUCCUUUUCCAAAAUCAGCUCAUUCGUAAUUUUUUCUUCUUUCGUUUUGUUUAUUCAUCUCUCUUUCCUUUGCAGUUUUUUCAGUCUUUCUUUUCAUCUUUCAUCGCUUUCAUUAUCUUUACGCGUCUUUCUUGGUUACAGCUGCUUAGUCAUUCCUUCGUUAUUGUCGUCUGCCUCGCUUUCAUAAUAAUGUUCCCUAUUAUUUUCUUUCUUUUUUCAUUCUAUUUACAUUCAAACAUCUAUUGCACAAGUCCCUUCUUUCUAUUUCCUUCUUUCCAUUCUCUCAACUAA